AUGAGCCCAUUAUCAUACGCACUUAUUAAAAGCUCAAGAAGAUGUAUUGAUCAAAUCCUUAACUAUAUUAUAAAUUUAGAAGAUGAUUAUAAAUUGUCUCAUUGUAUUCAUCAGAUACGUGAUGACGUGCCAUUGCUGUUUAAUACAAAGUCUCUAUAUUUGGUUCCCUUUUUGGAAUUUUUAUUUGUGAGAAGAGCUGAUAAAGACAUUAUUGGCUUCUAUGAAAUUAGAGAAGAAUUGCCUAUGACCAUUUUUUCUCCUGUCUCUAAAAUUUAUACAGCUGCUUUUACUAGGGAAAAUGGAACUGAAAAAGAUUCUGCAAAGCAAAAUAUGAUCCUUGUUCAGUUUUGGGGAAGUCCGUUAGGCUACAAUUAUACAGCAGGGUCUGAAGAAAGCUUGCAGCUUUUAAAGAAAAUGAAUGAGUGCGAAACUCAAGGAAUUUUUCAAACUUUAUUUAUACAGUCCCUUAUAAGAGAAAAAUGGGAUUACUUAUGGCCAGCAAUAAUUACGUUUUCAGUUAUAUAUUGGCUUAAUCUUAUCACUAUGAUAUGAUAUAUCUUUGAUCCUAGCAUUUAUAUAUUGACACAUUUUAUGGUACUAAACGGAAUUCUUGCUCUCUAUUACUAA